CCGGCCCCCGUCCCUCGCGGGCCCCGACUCCUUGUCCCCGCAGCCCCCGGAGCCCGGAGCCCGGCUCGGGCCGCACCGCCCGCGGCCGGGGAGCGCGGCCGAGGUUACUAGAGCAGCUAUAUUGGAAAGAGGCUCUGGACCCAGUUUUUUUCCCAGCCAUCUCCAACUGGACAUCCAGGGCACCUCUCCUGUUCUUUCUGAGUCUUCAAUUGGAGGUUAACAAGACUACGGGCUGAAAGGGAAAUCAAAGGUGCCUUGGGCCUGUUGAGAUCCAGCCCCAGUCAGAUGAAGCCUUCCGCCAUAUUUCGUGCAGCAGAGAGUACUUGAAGAGAGGAAGGGUUCCCUGUGACUUCUGCCUGCAAUUCGUAAAAUACUCAGUCCUCUUUCAACUCUGCCUGCAGUCGAACACAAAGACCUGGAGGAGACUCCCACAUCCUCCGGGGAGGAGGAAGGAGGCGGCGAAGCAGCUGAAAGGAGCUUGGAGCUUGGGGCCUUUCCGCACCGGGCGGCCGGCGCGGCGGCGAGGGAGCUAGAGCCGCGGGCCGGAGAACGAGCCGGGAGAUGGGGCGCUGCCGCCGCCGCCGCUGACACCCGCUUCCGGACCGUCCGCUGCCCUCUGUGCCGCCCGCACAUGUGUCUGCCCGGCGCAUCCGGAGGCGCGCAGACGAGCAUCCACCACGGCCGCCGGGGAGAGAGCGCCCGCCAUGCCCACGGAGAGCCUACAGACAGGUAGCAUGGUGAAGCCGGUCAGCGCCGCCGGCACGUUCACGUCGGCCGUGCCCCUGCGCAUCCUCAACAAGGGGCCCGACUACUUUCGCCGCCAGGCGGAGCCCAACCCCAAGCGCCUCAGCGCCGUGGAGCGGCUGGAGGCCGACAAGGCCAAGUACGUCAAGAGCCAGGAGGUCAUCAACGCCAAGCAGGAGCCCGUGAAGCCGGCCGUGCUGGCCAAGCCCCCCGUGUGCCCGGGCGCCAAGCGCGCGCUCGGCAGCCCCACGCUCAAGGGCUUCGGCGGCGGCGCCAAGAGCGAGGGCGGCGCGCCGCGCGAGACCCUGAAGCUCGAGAUCCUCAAGAACAUCCUCAACAGCUCGGAGGGCUCGAGCGCGGGCUCGGGCCACAAGCACGGCGCGCGGAACUGGCCGGCGCCGCGCGCCGACGCGGCCGAGCUGCACCGGCACUCGUUCGCCGAGUCGCUGCGCGUGCGCCCCACGCCCGGCCGCGGCAGCCCGCAGGAGGGCGGCUCGCACGUGGGCCGGCGGCCGCUCGAGCCCGCCCCCGACUCCUUCCUGCACGUGUCGCACAGCUCCUCGGACAUCCGCAAGGUGACGGGCGCCAAGCCCCUGAAGGCCAUCCCGUGCAGCAGCUCCGCCCCGCCGCUGCCCCCCAAGCCCAAGGUCGCCGCCCCGGCCGCGGUCAGGUCCCCCGAGGCCGAGGCGGCCGAGCCGGCCUGCGGGGUGGGCCGGAGACCCUCGCUGCAGCGGUCCAAGUCGGACCUGAGCGACAGGUACUUCCGGGUGGACGCCGACGUGGAGCGCUUCUUCAACUACUGCGGACUGGACCCCGAGGAGCUGGAAACCCUGGGCAUGGAGAACUUCGCCCGCGCCAACUCCGACAUCAUCUCCCUCAACUUCCGCAGCGCCAGCAUGAUCAGCUCGGACUGUGAACAGUCUCAGGACAGUAACAGUGACCUUAGAAACGAUGACAGUGCCAAUGACCGGGUGCCCUAUGGCAUCUCCGCGAUCGAGAGAAACGCUCGCAUCAUCAAGUGGUUGUAUAGCAUCAAACAAGCCAGAGAGUCGCAGAAGGUGUCCCACGUGUAAGAGGAAGCGCGCGCAGCGGAGGGAGGGGGGUCUCUGCCCGUGCCUCGGCAGUUACGGAGGUUGUGAGGUCUCCUGGCAGUGUUGUGAGCUUCUCCACUCUCUUUGUGUUGCUUGUUGUGCAGUGUCUUUCAAGUUGCAUGCCCGCCAACGUGGGGACUGACCUGGCGUCCUCCUCGGCCACCAUCGCUGCAGAACCUGGCCGAUCGCUCGUCAUCCGCCAAAAGUUCCAGGCCAGAUUCACACUAGGGCUUCGAUCUUCAGCAAAACUGUUUACAAGGAAAACGGUAUACAACUUCUUCAAUAUUUAUGUGGUUCCUGUGUUUUUAUAUCCCGCGCUAUGGUGUCUUAAUUAAAAGUUUUAUCCACUGGC